CCUGGCUUCUCUCCCCUGCAGCUGUUCUAGUCUUGACAACGCGGGAGUGUGCGUGGGUAGGGGUGUGCCUUGCCAGGUGACUUGCCCCCUGAGUGCACCCAUUCUCAAAGGGGAGUGAGAAUUCCUGCCUCGCAGCUGGUAAUGAGGAGCAGACGGGACGACGGGUGUUGGCCACCUGGCACAGAGCCCUGCUGGCAUGUGUUGAUGCUGGGGUUGGUGGUGGUGACAAUGAUGCUGAUGACCACUCUGUCCUGCCUCCCAGGCACCUGUAGGGGAAAGACCAUGAACCUUAGCAGUUACAAACACAAGGCCCAGCCAAGGCCUCCUCCUCCAGGAAGUGAGCCCUGCCAGGAAUGACCUCUCCUGCCCUGCUCCCCUUCUGGGACUGAUUGCUGGGAACCCCUGUCCCACGAGGCUGGCACAAAGGAGGUGCCCAGGGAAUGUGAUUGGGAAAAUACAUGUGGAUCUCCAAAGAAGUCUGGCUCCAGAAAUCUUGCAGACCAAGCGAGAAGUGGGGAAGGAGAGGGCCUCUUUUCCAGUGAGGGCAGCGGGGCUCCAGGGAGUCAGCAGGGGUCUGAAUGAGGGCUCCACAGGCAGGAGGGGGCUCUGCCCAAAGGGGUGACCUGCCCCAGAAUCUCAAUGGGACAGUCCCACAAAGCCCCUGGCCCUGAGGGAGCCAGGCGAGUGCCUGUCCUCUAAGGUGGGUGUGCAGGUGGUGAGCUGUCAGCAGGAACCCAGAUCACCAGGCCUGGAGAUGGCUGGAAACUGCUCCUGGGAGGCCCAUCCCACCAACAGGAACAAGAUGUGUCCCGGCGUGAGCGAGGCGCCGGAACUCUACAGCCGAGGCUUCCUGACCAUCGAGCAGAUCACGAUGCUGCCGCCCCCCGCCGUCAUGAACUACAUCUUCCUGCUCCUCUGCCUGUGCGGCCUGGUGGGCAACGGGCUGGUCCUCUGGUUUUUUGGCUUCUCCAUCAAGAGGAACCCCUUCUCCAUCUACUUCCUGCACUUGGCCAGUGCCGACGUCGGCUACCUCUUUAGCAAGGCCGUGUUCUCCAUCCUGAACACGGGGGGCUUCCUGGGCACGUUUGCCGACUACACCCGCAGCGUGACCCGGACCCUGGGGCUCUGCAUGUUUGUCACCAGCGUGAGCCUGCUGCCAGCCAUCAGCACAGAGCGCUGCGUGUCCGUCAUCUUUCCGGCCUGGUACUGGCGCCGGCGGCCCAAGCGCCUGUCAGCUGUGGUAUGCGCCCUGCUCUGGAUCCUGUCCCUCCUGGUCACCAGCAUACACAACUACUUCUGCGUGUUCCUGGGCCGCGAGGCCUCCCGGCCAGCCUGCAGACACAUGGACAUCUUCCUGGGCAUCCUCCUCUUCCUCAUCUUCUGCCCGCUCAUGGUGCUGCCCUGCCUGGCCCUCAUCGUGCACGUGGAGUGCCGGGCCCGGCGGCGCCAGCGGUCCGCCAAGCUCAACCACGUCAUCCUGGCCAUGGUGUCCGUCUUCCUGGUGUCCUCCAUCUACCUGGGGAUCGACUGGUUCCUCUUCUGGGUCUUCCAGAUCCCGGCCCCCUUCCCCGAGUACGUCACCGACCUGUGCAUCUGCAUCAACAGCAGCGCCAAGCCCAUCGUCUACUUCCUGGCCGGGAGGGACAAGUCGCAGCGGCUGUGGGAGCCUCUCAGGGUGGUCUUCCAGCGGGCCCUGCGGGACGGCGCCGAGCUGGGGGAGGCCGGGGGUGGCACGCCCAACACGGUCACCAUGGAGAUGCAGUCCCCCCCUGGGAACGCCUCCUGAGAGGCCAGCGCCUGGGCUGGAGGCUUCCAGGUGGCCGAGGGACUGAGCAGCCACCUGCAAACAGACCCUGUGGCCCCUGCCUGGCUCCGCCAGCCGUUCUGCUCCUAAAAUGACCCAACGUCCUUGGGGGGAAGUUGCCCCCAAGUGGUGGGGCCUCUCCUUGCCCCGGGCCGGUCAGCAAAGGAGAGGAGGUAGUCACCCUGCCCCAUCCAGCCCGCCCCUUUGGUCAACCCUCCUUGAACAUGACCAGCCAGCACCACCCCCGCCGGGCCAGCAGCCUCA